AUGAUUCUCGUGCUCCUUUUCACACUCGCUGCCUUGAUUGCGGGAAUCUCAUACGUAAUUGUUCUGAAACGUAAACCUCUUCUCGACAUUCCAUCACAAGGUCGCGUCAUUGUUGUCAGUGGUGCUGCAGGUGGUUUCGGAAGCUUGACUUGUAAAGAAUUACUUGACAAGUGGCAAUGUCGAGUGAUCGCCAUCGAUAUCAAUCAACAAUUUCUCGAAGAAAAAUUCAAAACAGAAUUAUCAUCAGAAAAGACAGCUUCACGUCUACAAUUAAUCGAAUGUGAUAUUACCAAAGUGGAUCAUGUCGAACGAGCAGCGAAAGAAAUUCGUCAAACUCUCUCCAAUUGGAACGCUGAUUCAAUUUUUGCACUUGUCAAUAAUGCAGGUAUUGCCAAUGCUCCUGGUACUAAAAAACGAUGUGGAAUUGUUGAAUAUUCUGAAGAAGAUUUGCAACAAGUAUUUGGUGUGAAUUUAUUUGGACAUGUCAGAAUGUUAAGAGAAUUGUAUCCUCAAAUGACCAAAAUCGUGAGUGAGAAAAAUUCUUCUAAUGAAAAGAACCAUUCCAUGUAUGGAUCCAUUGUUGUGAAUAUUGCAAGUGUGGCUGGUCUUGUUGCUCCACCAUUCUUUGGAUUUUACACAAGUUCUAAAUUUGCAAUGGUUGGAUUGAGUGAUUCUUUGAGACGUGAAUUCAAAGCAGUCAAGAAUGGAAUGAGAUUGACGUGUGUGGAACCAGGAUUCUCACGAACGAAUAUUUUGAAUUUGAAACCAUUUGAUGAAAAUUCUGAAUAUCAUGAUAUUGCUGUGAAGAAACAACAAGAUGCGAAACGGUUCAUUGAUAAUGCUCAAGAUCCAGCUCAUGUCUCGAGUGCGAUUUGUCAACAAAUAUUUUCAUCGAAUAAUGUUCCUCAUUUGGUGAUUGAUCAUUGGUAUAUGAAAAUGGUGUGGUACAUGUUAAAAGUGUUGGGAAUGGAUGGUUUUUUGUAA